CUACAUAUCUACAUAUCUACAUAUCUACAUAUCUACAUAUCUACAUAUCUACAUAUCUACAUCUCUACAUCUCUACAUCUCUACAUACCUACAUAGCACAUCCACAUACACACACACAUACCGAUACACCACUGACUGGCCUUCGUUUCGCUUCGCCUUCCAUGUUGAAAAGCUUGGAAAGUUGUUUUCUCACACAAACUCCUCCUCAUCCUAACCUCAUCCUAACCUCAUUCAUCGCGUUCAUAUCAUAUACACUUUUGAUAGGUGGUCCUUUGUAUCCCUGCACACAAUCCCCGAAAUCCCUAAUUAUCAUCAUCAUUCUUAUAUAAUCCUGGCCGAUUGAUAACCUUUUUACACCUUUUUACACUUUUUUUACAUUGCACUAGCUGGGAGGCUAGCAGCCCUAGUACCAAGCCCUUUCUUUCCUAAUGUGCAUAGGUACCAACUAGCUUGGUAUUAUUAUUAUUGUGUCUAACCAGACAGACUAAUUUGGAAUUUCUCGUAGGAAAAGGAUCCUUCCCUUCCUUUCUUCCUUUCUUUCGUUGCAUCUUGUUUCUUCUUGCAGACAGACAGACAGACAGACAGACAGGUGUAAUGGCUUUGGACAGGAAAAAUAAAUAAAAUAAAAGUCCUUCUAAAACAAAUAAAUUGAUUUUAUUUUAUCUAUUUAUCCUAGUCAUACAUCGACCUAGGUUUGAAGUGGUGUGUUUUCUCAAACUAUCUUAUCCACAUUCACUCAUCUACUCCUCUCUCACUCUUCUCUCCCUCUCUCCUUGUACCUGGCUCUUUGCCUGUGACAUCAAUGAAUGCUUCAAUCAGCCUCCACUUUCUUCUAGUACCAGACUCUCAAUUCCAUAUUUCCAUAUUUCCAUAUUUCCAUUUUCCAUUUUCUAUUUUCCAUUUUCAUAACCCUUUGUCGUUCGUACCAUACCAGACAAGUUCCAUCUCCAUACCAAUGAUACUAUAAUCAUUGCGUAUCCGUAUCUAAUAUCUAAUACAGAUUCGACCCUAGUUGAUUCUUUUACAUAUCAUAUCGGUCGGUAUUGUACCUAGGUAUCAUUCCGAUAUUUCACAUUAUUCGUUCCUUCUUUCAUAGUCUCUUCUCUCUUGAUCCAACGUCUCCAAUUUUAUAUCCAUACAUUAUUUGUUAUAAUUGUUUCCCAUUACUUCAUUCACAUUAUCAGGAAGCUCAGAUUCCUAAUAUCUCUCUCAUAAUACCUCUCAGCUCCUAAGACACGUUUUCUCUAUCUCUCUUACUUUCCCUGGCUUGAGAUAUAUUCAUCAAGCCAAAGUUCAAUAUUGUGUUCCUUGUCUGCUGCUACUCUCAAAGUUUCGACCCGUUUGGGAAAGUUUCCUCAAUAUCAAAACCGACUCCUUCCUCAUUGAAGAAAGAUCAAUUCACUUCACACACUACUCUACUCAGGAUUACUCUACACUCGACAGAUCGGCAGCGGCCUACUAACUAUCUUCUCGGCUUCGUUCAUUUCAAGAUAUCUAUCUAAUAGUCCGUGAAUCUCUGUACGACGGGAUUAGACGAACUUUCCAUGGCUUCGCGGAUAGCCCAAUCUUAGCUUCGAUAGUUCGUCUUCACCUUCGACUACCACUGGUAAACCUCAUAGAAUCACAUAACGCGUGUCGAGAAUCACUUGGAGAUAAUUGCCAUCUGAUCUGAACAUUCGGAUUCCAUACAUACCACCUUGUUUUGAAUCUUCUCCGAGCAGCAACCCUCAAUCCUUCAAGAAAACGCAAUCCCCCUUCGAAAGUCAACAUACAAGUUCAUUCCCAAAUGCAUCAGACUUCAGUUAGACCGGCUCCGUUCAGUUUUCUUUUACCUCCUACACCACAGACUCCCUUUGGAAUCGAUCGUCGGAAGGACGUUGGUUUUCCCCUAACACUCCCACAAAUAAACCAGUCAAGAUAUAUAGAAGCUCCGGUCAGAGUUGGGCUUCGAACACCACCCGAAGACGAUAUGCACGCAACAUAUCCAGCUUCUCAAUAUCAAAACUACAAGAGUCGGCAAAAUGAAGAUUACCCAGCGUCAGCCAAUGUUGGCAGGAUGAACGAUUACGAUGGACCAGCUUGUCAUUCGCGAAAGCCUUCGUCAAUCUCCCAAGCGUCGGCAGCUCACAUUAAUAGUGCGAUAAAAAACUCGGAGAGCUUGCAGCCUGAGUCGUCUUAUAACUGGCCUCCAGUGAAAGAAACCCAUCAAUCUCAAGCUACUGCCCUUUCUACUCUUGAGUCUGAAUCUACUCGAAAGCCGCAAGCAAAAAAGCCAUCAACCACAGAUACUAUUCACCCUAGCUUGCAAAUCCCAAAAUCAAUAAACGACAGCGGUGGAAGUUUAGCCGAAUUUGCAGCUCAGAUUACCUGUUUGUUCUGGUUUGAGUCUACCGAUACUUUGAAGAGGGCGGAAAAUUCGUGGGUGGGAUCAACUACAACAGAAAGGCUGCGUCCAGAAGCUUUCCCAUCCGUUGGGUUCACAAAAUGGGUUGUUACGAUUCUCAUGACUACGCAGGUGUCACAAAAUGUCAUAUUAUUGGCACUACUUUUCAUCUACCGUCUGAAAUCCAUUAACCCAGCAGUCAAAGGACGAAGUGGAAGCGAAUAUAGACUCUUAACAGUGGCAUUGAUGUUGGGCAACAAAUUCCUCGAUGACAAUACAUAUACCAACAAGACAUGGGCUGAAGUUUCGGGAAUUUCCGUCACCGAAAUCCACAUCAUGGAAGUCGAAUUUUUGAGCAACAUGCGCUACAGUUUACUCGCAACCGAAGAGGAGUGGAAGGAAUGGCAACAAAAGCUUGGAAAAUUUUGGAGUUUUUGUGACAGGGCAACAAAAUUAUCACCUCCGCCCAUGUACCAACCUACGCUUCCUUCACCUCCUGCAUCGAUGCAAGCUUCACCUCCCGCACGAACAAGUCAAUACACAUCCUCAGUUGGAUCGAAUAAUCUCACCCCACAGUGGUCUGCUAGUAAUAGUGUCGCUCAGUUGGUAUCGCCCUUGACGACUAUUUCGACUCCUUCAGACCAAGAUUUCCGCCUGCAUUCAAGGAAGAGAAGUUUCCCGGAUGAUGUUGAAGAACCGGUGGCAAAGCGUGUAUCCAUGUCAACUACCUCGACGCCCAGUGACUUUGGAAAUUUCAACAUGGCUCCUAGGCCUCGCUUACCGCCAGUUCCUAACUUGACGAUAUCGACAAGUCAGGCGAUGAAUGGGUACAACGGUCUCCCUAGCUUUUCUCAGAACGCACCACUUUUGCCCCCUUUGCAUGGCAGUCGAGCCAUGUCCACAGUCUACCCAACUACUCCAACUUAUCCACCACCUAUUUUGAAUCACACCUUUACCGGAACUCAAUCUAGUGGAUCACAAAUCAAUACUUAUCAACACGGUAAUCAAAGUUUUGGAACACCAUCUCGCCAACGUAGUCCUCAUUCAGCUGUUCAGGAACUGCUUGCAACUGUGCCUUCUCCGCUUAAUGCGUCCUUUCCCGGAAACUCCGGUCACAUCUCACCGUCUGUAUUCUAUCAACAGCGGAACUCGCCUUACAAGCCUAUUCGUCACGUGAACACUCUCCUUUAUCCACCACCCACUGCUUCCAUGCACGAUUAUAAUGUCAACACAAAUCACAUACAUUAUCAGCCAUUAGGUAAGAGACACGAUUACCGAUCUGGUGUGGUGCCUGGAUACGGUCAUCAAUCUACCAACCAAUGGCCUGUACUACCUCAACCAAAUUUUCAUGGAGUAUAAACUCCAAUUUCGUCAACUGAUACUAGCUGUGUCGAAUCAUUUUCAUUGUUUCCAAAAACAAAAAAGAGUCGAAAUCACCCUUGGAAGAAAGGGAAUUCGCAUGGCAUGAGCAUUUUAGCCGGGGCGUUUGUUUAUCGUUUUUUAUUGUUCUUUCCUAGGGGUCAGCGAGGCUUCAUUGCGUAUUUAUUAGCCAGCUGCUGUUAUACCAUUAUUUGCAUGCAUUAAGACGGGUGUUUUGGGAGUCCCUUAAAUAGGGGGACAUUGUAUUUUUUAGUCGGAAAUUUUUGACGAUCUCUUCUUAUGAAGAAUGGAUUCGUGAUUGGCAAGAUGAUAUUCUGAUCUAUGGGAUUAUGUUAGAUCGGUGGUGGGUUAUGAUUAGCACAAGAAGGAAUCAAUGAUAUUAAAGGGGAAGGGCAGAAUGUAUUGGGAACGACCUCUCAUGGAACAAACGGCUUGUUUGAAGAUAUGGAUCGGUGACGGAAAUCUUGAGUAUUGUAGCUCGAUUGAUACAUUGGCCUGGAACAUCCUUACCGUACAGUUCACUCAAUGGAUGGGUUCGAUCAGAUCUACGACAUAACUUGUGCGUUGCUUUACUGGUUUAUUCUAGUGUGUGUGAUGCACAACUUCGCCUGCUGGAUUUUGUGCGUCCUAGCAACUGGGGGAACAUCAAGAGAAGAGAGAAAUAUAAUUGAAAUAAAUAUUGAUACCCCCCAAAAUUCGUUGCAUAUUCUGUUUUACUUUGCUUGUGUUAUGUUUGAUGUCUGCAAC